AAAUCAAUUCAUAUUACUUCAUACAGUUCAUUUCGUAUAGACACAUUAAAAAAAUGAAGUUGUACUCUUUCUCUUGGUUCAGUCUUUUGGCACUAGCAAAUCUCUCGCUUCAAGUUCUUUCUGCUUCUCAGGAUUUCGAUUUCUUCUACUUUGUCCAACAGUGGCCAGGUUCAUAUUGUGACUCGAAACAAAGCUGUUGCUAUCCAACGACAGGAAAGCCUGCAGCAGAUUUUGGCAUUCAUGGGCUAUGGCCUAACUACAAGGACGGAUCGUACCCCUCAAACUGUGAUCCCAACAAUCCUUUCGAUCAGUCUGAAAUAUCAGACUUGACCAGCAGUUUACAAAAGAAUUGGCCAACACUAGCAUGCCCAAGUGGGAGUGGGCUCAAGUUUUGGGAACAUGAGUGGGAAAAACAUGGGACUUGCUCAGAAUCUGUGCUUGACCAACAUGCCUAUUUCCAAACUACUCUCAACCUCAAAAGGAAAGUAAAUCUUCUCCAAGUUCUUAAAAGUGCAGGAAUCCAACCAAAUGGAGACCUUUACAGCAUAGAGAAUAUCAAAGAAGCUAUUCAAAAUGGGAUUGGUUACAGUGCAUGGAUAGAAUGCAACGUGGACUCGUCAGGAAACAGCCAGCUUUACCAGGUUUACCUGUGUGUUGACACCUCUGCUUCCAACCUCAUUGAAUGCCCAGUUUUUCCCAAUGGAAAAUGCGCUUCUCAGAUCGAGUUCCCUUCCUUUUAGAGAAUGACCACAUUAAAUUAAGGCUCUGUUUUAUCGAAAUAAUUACAUUUAGUAACAACUUUUUAUUUUUUAUUAUUGUUAAUUAUGGUAAUAGUGCCUUAAUUGAAACACCUUAUAUUUGUUACUUCUCAAAACCACCAAAGAUUUCAAUGUACUCUCCAUACUUGAUUUGAUAAUUAAAAAUUUGACAUCAUAUUUAUGUGAAAA